GACGGCCUGGGUAUCAGCCCCGGGUCUGGGUCUCAGCCCUCAGCCCUCAGCCCUGGGUCUGGGUCUAGGCCAUGGGUCUGGGUCUCAGCCCUGAGCUCUGGGUCUCAGGGUCCCAGUCCUGGGUCUCAGUCCUGGGUCUCAGCCCUGGGUCUCAGUCCUGGGUCUCAGCCCUGGGUCUCAGGGUCCCAGUCCUGGGUCUCAGUCCUGGUUCUCUGCCCUCAGCCCUGGGUCUCAGUCCUGGGUCUCAGCCCUUGGUCUCAGCCCUCAGCCCUUGGUCUCAGCCCUCAGCCCUGGGUCUCAGCCCUCAGCACUGGGUCUCAGCCCUCAGCACUGGGUCUCAGCCCUCAGCACUGGGUCUCAGCCCUGGGUCUCAGCCCUUGGUCUCAGCCCUCAGUCCUGGGUCUCAGUCCUGGGUCUCAGGGUCUCAGCCCUCAGUCCUGGGUCUCAGUCCUGGGUCUCAGCCCUUGGUCUCAGCCCUCAGUCCUGGGUCUCAGUCCUGGGUCUCAGUCCUGGGUCUCAGGGUCUCAGCCCUGGGUCUCAGUCCUGGGUCUCAGUCCUGGGUCUCAGUCCUGGGUCUCAGCCCUCAUCACUGGGUCUCAGUCCUGGGUCUCAGCCCUCAUCACUGGGUCUCAGCCCUCAUCACUGGGUCUCAGUCCUGGGUCUCAGUCCUGGGUCUCAGCCCUCAGUCCUGGGUCUCAGCCCUGGGUCUCAGGAUCUCAGCCCUGGUCUCUGGGCUGGUUAACGGAGUGAAUCUCUGAUAUCCGAAAAAAAACGUGGGAAAACCAAAUAUGUCAUUAAUAUAUUUUCCAUAUCUGCAUAGUCGUGAUUAAUAAUGGUACUAAUGAUCAACGGUUGGCUCAUUAUUGGAAAUGUACGAGUUUGAUUACCUUGAUUCCAUGAUUUUAUAGCAACAAACAGCGAUUGAAUACCGUUUCUCUGGU